AUGGCCUCUUUCAACGUGACCAGACUUGAAAACCUAGGUUACGAUAAUGUCGAGUCUCUUGACAACCCUGACGACCCGCGAUUCGUAGCGCAGGAUUGGUCAGCCGAUGCCUACUCUGAUGACCAGGUACAGAGCAAGAUCAAUUACCUCGGUAGCCUGGGUGCGUACAACGAGCAGAGCCAGAUUGUCAGUGCAGUUGCAGCAUACUACUCGAACAACCCCUAUCCUCCUGUUGAGACUGGAACAACUACCACUCAGGCAGCCGCACCCGCACAGACACAGAACUGGGGCCAAGCGUGGCAGAAUUGGCAGAACAGUAGAGGAUCUGGAGGAUCUGGAGGAUGGGGCAACCAGAGGGGAGGCCGACCAUGGAAGAGAUAG